AUGCUUCCGCCAAGGCGUAUGACUCGCUCCGCUCGGGCGGGAUCUCGGUCAGUACAUGACGAUACCAGUGGUGAUGGGCAAGCAUUAAGUUUUGACGUUUUUGAAACUGCUUCUGCCAUUAUGCCGAAAAAGGAAGCACCUCAGACCCAGCUCCUUUUUAGUACGCCUCAUUUUGCAUAUGUGGAGCAAGAUGUGGCAGCAGAGGGUGUACAGAAGAAGGCAAGGCGUAAGCUUACAGUACAGCAACGUUUGGCACUCGAGAAUCUUGCCAGUCAAGGAAACAAUCCCUCCUUGCAAGCUAGGCGUGCUCUCGCAGCGGAACUUGGUCUCGAGCUUAAAGUCGUCUCGGUUUGGUUCCAGAACAAACGGCGGCCAACGAACAAAUCCAACGAGAGUCUUCGGGUUGGCCUUCUCCAGAAUCAAGUGUCGAAUAAGGAAAACCAGGAACCGCGUCAAGUCCUUGGAGACGUCAAUCCGAAUGAAUCAACACUCGUCGCUGAUAGUUCUCAAGAAGUCACAUUCAAGUUUCCUGAAGAUUCCUCUGAGCCUUUCUCCCUCUUAUCAAAGUUUGAAUCGGCGCGAGAACAAGAACAAGACAAAGCGCCUCCUGGUAUUUGGGACUUCUUGCCUUCAUCUCCCGAAGACACAGAAUCCGAAGCGAACAACUCCGAGACUUCAUUCACACUUGACAAUACUACGCCAUGUCCUCUUAAAAAGCAGAUUGGUCGUCGUUCGUUGGAAUGGGCGUGCAUGAAUGACGAGCGUACAACGAAGAGAGUACGAAUCAGCCUCGACUGCGAGAAGAUUCGGCAUAAAAGCAGUCCGCCUGAAGUAUUUGGGAAUGCGUUUUUGCGUCGCCGACAGAGGACCGAUAGAAAACCGCCUAUGCCUUCGUCUAAUAUUGUGAAGAACAUAUCGUUUACCGUCGGUAAUGAAAAUCAGUUUCAUAGGCCUUUGGUGCGCUGUGAAAGCUUCAGCGGUUGUUCCUUUGUUGAAAAGGAUAUUCUCGAUGUUGCCUUAGCUUUACUACAGCUGAAGAACCAAGGGCCAGGGCUCUUCGCUCGCAGAACGAUCUGA